UCCAACUCCAAAUCAUAUUUUCCAAUCACAGUCAGCUUCUUCCUUCCCAACCCAACCUUGAUUUUUCCUUUUUUUUUUUUUUUUUUUUUACAAAAUAAUGCCUCUCGAAACAAGCAUGCCUGACCAGUCCACUGGUGAAGGAGAUAAACACAGGCACCUUGACAAAGAAAUCAAAGACAUGGUCUCUGCCCUAACUCACCGCAUAUCUGGUAUUCACAAACCCGGAUCAAGCCACCAUGAAGAUGAUGAUGAUGAGCAUGGUGUGAGAAUUAUCACAAUUUCUGGAAACAAUGCUGGAGCUACAAUGCGAAGUGAGUUGGAUGAGAAAUCCAGUCCCCAUGGAAUUCCACCUGGCGAGUCUGAUGCAUUGAGUACCUAUGUGAACAGCAAUUUCCAAGCUGUGAACAAUUCAAUCAUGCUCGGCAGCAGCUACAACACCAAUGAUCCAGGUGUCCAUUUGGACGUCUCGGAUGCUUUUGAAGAUGAGGGCAAGAAGCCAGCAGAUAAGCCCAGGAGGAGGGGAAAGAAAAAAGAGAAGGAUUCCUCCAAUAGUGAACAUUCCGAUUAAGUUAAUGAACAAGAAAUUGCAGCUAAAAAUAACAUGGUGCAAAAGUGCUGAAGAGAAGUCUUUGUCUAAGUCGAUAUACUUGCAUAAAAUAAAUCUUUGUAUUGCUUUACUAUAUCCAGGAUCAUGUUUGCACGACAGCCAUAAAAAAUUAAGGGAAUCAAAGUAUUCCUAUAGCAUUAUUAUCUUUGAUAUAGAUAUGGUUCGGUUUUUUCAGCAUGAUUGUUAGCCAUGCUCUAGGGUGUCAA